UGAAAACUGCGGGCGCCGAGCAGGGUGCAGCAACUGGAGGCGGCUGCGCGUCUGGAGGAGGCUGCAGCAGCGGAGGACCGGAGCCCAGAUCCAGGACUGAGCUCUCAGCACCAUGAACCUGGCCAUCAGCAUCGCUCUCCUGCUGACAGUCUUGCAGGUAUCCCAAGGGCAGAUGGUGACUAGCCUGACAGCCUGCCUGGAGAACCAGAGCCUUCGUCUGGACUGCCGCCAUGAGAAUACCACCUCCUUGCCCAUCCAGUACGAGUUCAGUCUGACCCGUGAGAAAAAGAAGCACCACGUGUUAUAUGGCAAUGUGGGGGUGCCUGAGCACACAUACCGCUCCCGAACCAACUUCACCAGCAAGUACAACAUUAAGGUCCUCUACUUAUCUGCCUUCACCUCCAAGGACGAAGGGACCUACGCAUGCGAACUCCACUCCUCUGGCCCGUCACCCAAGGUCUACUCCCAGAACGUCUCUGUGCUCAGAGACAAACUGGUCAGGUGUGAAGGUAUUUGCCUGCUGGCUCAGAACACCUCAUGGCUGCUGCUGCUCCUGCUCUCUCUAUCCCUCCUCCAGGCCACGGAUUUCAUUUCCCUCUGACUGGUUGGGCCCAUGGAAGAUACAGGAAGCCGCAAGGCCCAGUGCAGAGACCCUACUUUCCUGAGUCAGCUGACCCCCUCCCCCCAAUCCCUCACACACCUCGGGGAGAAAUGGGGACCCCACCCCUUAUAAGGAACCCCAGUGUUGCAUGCCACUAUCUGCCCAUGCCCACUGCCACUUCACCCUGUCCGCACGCCACUGGCUGUCUUUUUGUAUUCUUUGUUCCAGAGCUGCUUCUGUCUGGUUUA